AUGACCCUGCAGCACGCCUCAUUACGCGCUGCGCGUAGCGUGACUCGCCGAUGCAAGCCGUCGCCGGAUCUGCUUCCAUACGUCGCGGCGCGGUCGUUCCGGACCGGGACGCCCCUCCGCCGAGGCACACACGGCGUAUUCCGCGGCUUGAGCGACGAGAGACUUCCCAUGCCUUGGAUUGAGGCCUUCAAGCUCAAGCAGGAGGGACAAGUGCCGAACUUUGCGGAGCCGCAACAGCAGGAGCGCGAUAUCUCUCCGAAGAAGAUGAAGGACAGCUAUCACCGUGUGAUUCUUCCCUUGGGCCAAGACCCGUGGCUCUCUGACACAUACAUCAAUGCUACCGGCCAAAUACGCCUGGGAACCUUGUUCAUGGACCUAGACGCUCUGGCCGGUAUCAUUGUCUACAAGCACACCGGCCCGGGCGUGACGACUGUGACUGCCGCCGUCGACCGUAUCACCAUCGCCCACCCGCUCACCGAGAUCUGCGAUCUCGAGUACAGCGGCCAGGUCACGUAUGCCACGGGCCGCAGCAGCAUGGAGAUCACCUGCAAGGUGGCCAGGGCGAGGGGCGAGAACGAGCCGAGCCGGCCGGAGGACGUGCUGCUGACCUGCACCUUCACCAUGGUGGCCCUCGACCCGCUGACCAAGAAGCCGACCAACGUGCCGGCGCUGCUCUGCGAGACGCCCGAGGAGGAGGCCGUCUUCCGCGCCGGCGAGGCCAAGGCCCUGCGCAAGAAGGAGAAGCGCAAGACGUCGCUGCUCGAGGUCGAGCCCAACGACGCCGAGUCGGCCCUGAUCCACCGCAUCUGGCUCAAGCAGCUCGAGUACCACGACCCGAACCGGCCCCUGCGCCAGCCGCGCAACGUCGUGCCCAUGGCCCACACCAAGCUCGCCACCUCGACCAUCGCCCAGCCCACCGUGCGCAACCGCCACCAGUUCAUGGUCUUUGGCGGCUACCACCUGAAGCUGACCUUUGAGCUCGCCUUCUGCUGCGCCGCCAGCUUCGCCCACGCCCGGCCCGUCUUCGUCAGCGCCGACCCCUGCACCUUUGAGAGCCCCGUGCCCGUCGGCAGCGUGCUGUACCUCAACGCCACCGUCGCCUACACGGACCCGCCCCUGCUCGAGGACGACGGCAGCCAGCCCGCACAGGCGGACCCGGAGCGGCCCAUGACGCGGGUGCACGUGCGCGUCGACAGCAAGGUGCGCGACGUCGAGCACGGCAACGCGCGGCCGACGGGCCAGUUCAACUACACCUUCCUCGUGCCCAGGGACAUCAAGGUGCUGCCCCACACGUACAACGAGAUGAUGAUGUACGUCGACGCCCGGCGGAGGGUGCAGAUCGGGGACGAGCAGAAGAAGAUCCUCGAGGGCGCGGGCGGCGGCGCGGCGGUGGCGCAGGAGGAGGCGAGCGGAGGGGUCAGCGUUACUGAGUAG